AUGGUGCAAAAGUACCAGUCCCGGGUCCGCGUCUACAAGUACCCGUUUGAGCUUGUCAUGGCGGCCUAUGAGAAGCGCUUCCCCACUUGCCCGCAGAUCCCAGUCUUCCUGGGCAGCGAGGUCCUGAGUGAAUCCCACAGCGCUGACGGAGCGGUACACGUGGUGGAGCGGAGCUGCCGGCUGCGUGUGGAGGCCCCACGGCUGCUGCGGAAGAUCGCAGGUGUGGAGCAUGCCGUCUUCAUACAGAGAAACGUCCUGAACUGGAAGGAACGCACACUUCUCAUUGACGCACAUAACGAGACCUUUGCCAGCCGCGUGCAGGUCAGCGAAAGCUGCAGCUAUACGGUCCACCCUGAGAAUGAGGACUGGACCUGCUUCGAGCAGUGUGCUUCCCUCGACAUCCGGUCCUUCUUUGGCUUUGAGAAUGCCCUGGAGAAGAUCGCCAUGAAGCAGUACACAGCGAACAUCAAGAAGGGCAAGGAGGUGAUUGAGUAUUACCUGAAUGAGCUGAUCUCCCAAGGUGUUUCUCACAUUCCCCGCUGGACACCUGCCCCCGUCCGCGAGGAGGACAUGCGCACCCAGGCUGGGCCACAGGUUCUGGGCCCCAUGGAGGCCAGCCCACCCACUAACUCCCUGGACCUUGCUCUGGAUUCGGUCACUGUGGAUGGGGACAAGCUGGACGGUGACUACACUGAACGGCACCUGGGCCCACUCACGCCCAUGCAGGAGAGCUGUCUGACCCAGCUGCGGCACUGGUUACAUGAGACCCACAAAGGCAAGAUCCCUAAAGAUGAGCACAUCCUCCGGUUCCUGCGGGCUCGAGACUUUCACCUGGACAAGGCGCGGGACAUGCUACGACAGUCCCUGAGCUGGCGGAAGCAGCACCACGUGGACUCGCUCCUUCAGACCUGGCGGCCCCCUGCCCUGCUGGAGGAGUUCUACGCAGGUGGCUGGCACUAUCAGGACAUAGAUGGUCGCCCCCUCUAUAUCGUGCGCCUGGGCCAAAUGGACACCAAAGGCUUAAUGAAGGCGGUAGGGGAGGAGGCUCUGCUGCAACACGUGCUUUCUGUGAACGAGGAAGGCCAGAAGAGGUGCGAAGGCAACACAAAGCAGUUUGGCCGUCCCAUCAGCUCCUGGACCUGCCUCGUGGACCUGGAGGGACUCAACAUGCGGCACCUGUGGCGGCCGGGGGUGAAAGCACUGCUGCGAAUGAUUGAGGUGGUGGAGGACAACUACCCCGAGACCCUGGGCCGGCUACUCAUCGUGCGGGCCCCCCGAGUCUUCCCCGUGCUCUGGACGCUGAUCAGCCCCUUCAUCAACGAGAACACCAGACAGAAAUUCCUUAUCUACAGCGGCAGCAAUUACCAGGGCCCUGGGGGCCUGGUGGACUAUCUGGAUAAGGAAGUGAUCCCUGACUUUCUGGGGGGUGACUGUGUGUGUAAUGUCCCUGAAGGAGGGCUGGUCCCCAAGUCCCUCUAUUUGACAGAGGAAGACUAUGAACAUGCUGACCAGCUGAGGCAGUGGACGGAGACCUACCAUUCAGCCAGUGUGCUCCGGGGGGCCCCCCAUGAGGUCAUGGUGGAGAUCCUGGAAGGGGAGUCGGUCAUCACCUGGGACUUUGACAUCUUGCGGGGGGACGUGGUGUUUAGUCUGUACCAUGCCAAGCAGGCGCCCACGCCGGGUCCCUGGGAGCCUGGGGCCAAGGCCAGUGGGCGGCUGGUGGACAAAGGCUGGGCUCUGGGCACUGAUUACAGCCGUGUAGAGACGCCUCUCAUCUGCCGGGAAGGGGAGAGCAUUCAGGGCUCCCAUGUCACCCGCUGGCCUGGCGUCUAUCUGCUGCAGUGGCAGAUGCACGGGGCGCCCAGCAGCAUGGCUUGCAGCCUCCCUGGUGUGGACGAUGUCUUGACUGCCCUGCACAGCCCCGGCCCCAAGUGCAAACUGCUUUACUACUAUGAAGUGCUGGCGUCUGAGGACUUCAGGGGCUCCAUGACCAGCUUGGAAUCGUGCACCAGUGGCUUCUCCCAGCUCAGCGCUGCCACUUCCUCCUCCUCCGGCCAGUCCAACAGCAGCUCCCUCGGCUCCAGAUAG